AUGGCGAAUGAACACGAGAACAACUUAAUAGAAAUCUUGGAAGAAAACCAUCCAAUUGACAUCAACAAGUACACAAAUUACGUCCACGCCCCUCAAUGUGGGGCCAUAGCCACAUUCUACGGGAACACCCGUGACACAUUCGAGGGCAAAACGGUCAUUGAACUAAGAUACGAAGCGUAUGUCCCAAUGGCCAUCCGUUGUCUCAAUUCCAUUUGUUCAUCCGCAAGAUCCAAAUGGAAUUUAAAUUCCAUUGCUGUGGCCCACAGAUUGGGCCCCGUUUCUGUUGGGGAGACAAGUGUGUUUGUUGCCAUUUCUUCUGUUCAUCGGGUUGAUGCAUUGGAUGCUUGUAAGUUUGUGAUUGAUGAGCUUAAAGCAUCGGUUCCUAUAUGGAAGAAAGAAGUGUAUUCUAAUGGUGAAGUGUGGAAAGAAAACAUGGAGUUUCUUGAGAGAAUUGGGAAGAAUGAAGAUUUGAAAAGGGGUUGUUGUGGAUCGAAAGUGAAAGUGGAGGGUGAUGAGGUGGCAAGGGUUGUGAAAAAUGGUUGUUGUAGGCCGAAGGUGAAGGUGGAGGAUGAUGGAUGUAUGGAGUCUUAG